AUGGAGUUUAUUGAGGCAGAAACUCAGGAGUCCGGGCACAAAGACCAAAAGACCGAGGAGUUGGUCAACAACUUUGAGGAACAAGUCGGCAAAGUGUACUCAAACAUCGAGUCCCAAACCGUUUCUGGCUGGAACACCUUCAGUGAGUAUCUGAGCAAUUUCCAGAAGAAGUUGCCGGAGUUUCUGACGGACACGAAGGAGAUCACCAAGAAGAUCGAUUUGCAGAACAGGAUCAAUGCUACGAAGGAGAAUUUCGAAAAAAACAUGGCCAAGGUGCAAAGUAGACUCAACGAGGAGGAAUUGAAGGAACUCAAGGAGAAUUCCGCCAAGCUGCUGCAGAAUCUCAAUGAAAAUACUAACAAAUAUCUGGACGGGCUAGACCAGGAUCUAGAAAAGCUUGAAAACCUCACGCUGGGGUACGCUACUAAGCUGGGAAACUUGCUUGCUGGUAAGACGGGUAUCAGAUUUGGCAGCGAGGAGGAGGAUGGCGCGAAAAAAGACGAGAUUAUGUUCAACAUGCCGCAAAACCUUGCCACCAGCAGACUCGAGGCUCAAUUGCACGAGCUGGAAAACAACAAGGAUCUGUAUCUUACAAACUGGAAUAGUGAGAGUGUUAAAGACUACGUGCUGACAGCAGAUGAUGAGGCAGAAAAAAAGCUUCUUGCUGCAAAGGAGAGUAUGAAGAAACUGAUCGACCAGCUUGUUCCGGACCAGAUCGACGAACAAGUGUUCUGGAAAACCUAUUUCUGCAACAAAGCCAAGUUUUUAGAAGAAGAGAAGAAACGGAAGGAAAUCCUGCAACAGAAGCCUGCUGACGACGACGACGACUUCACCUGGGACGACGAUGACGAGGAGGACAAGAAGGAGGAGGACGGGAAGGAGGAUGACAAAGAAUAA